AUGCUGUUUCCAUUCGUAUGCCAUUUAAUUUCAGGCCUUGAUGUAUCAUCAGGUGAAAUGAAUUCCGAUGGUUCAUAUCUUCCGUCUACUAUCAACUACGACAAGCACUGUCCUCUCCCGAGAGAACCAACUGGUCUCCGGUUUCAAAAAGUCGGCAAGAAUGCCGCCACCUUCUUGGCAUUUCUCAGUCCGGUGGUCCUUAUAUUCUUCAGCUUGUCUGCUUGCAUCGAGCCUGCCCAUGCACGUUUAGGUUUUCAAAAGGGGCUUAAGCCGGCAAUCCUCUCUGCCAGCUCGGCCCUUGCUACCGAUGGCGGUCCGAGACGUCCAAAUCUACUGCAUGAGAAAGGAGUAUAUAGCCUCAUCUCCCGUUCCAGUCAUUCCCAGAGAGAUUUGCAAGCCGAAACAAGAGAUCGAGCUUAUGCAUCGCUUGUAAGGUUGCCAGACUUGAGACUUGGAAAUCUACAGUCUUCUCGGCGGCCACUCAGAAGUCGUUCACUCCUCGAUGAGCCCGCUGUAGUCCAAACGUCAAAUGAUGCUUCUGGACGUUUGGAGCCUGGUGGAUUUGCCCGGCCAGAGAGUGUCUUAGAAAGUGAUGAAAACAAACGUCCAGAGAAAUGCAUCCCGUUAGAGAUCGCGAUGUGCCGUCAGCUAGGCUAUAAUCUCACUUACAUGCCGAACUUUUUCAACCAUGAAUCACAGGCAGAAGCGGAGCAAAAAGCAAGUCUCUAUUAG